AGAGCGAGCCCCAGUUCCCAGUAUUCCCCAAAAUGAUGCUGCACGAGGCCGUCAUGCUGGAAAUCUAUCGCCAGGCGCUGAGUGCAAGUGAGCUUACUAGUCCGCGAUGCCAGUCCCGGGAGUCCAACACCUCAGCUGGAGCGGUAGUGGGCACGGGAGACGUCCGAUGCCCAUCGACUGAGUCGCAUUGUUCGGCUAACGAUCGCCUGACUCCAGCUGCCACGCCCACUCUCAUGCAAACGGGCACGGCCACCUCCCCGAACUCGGUGGGACUUCCCCUGACGGCGACCCUUCCUCCUGCAGCUGCAGUUGCCCUGCUCCCGCCCCAAUCCGCCGCCAUGGCUGCUUACCUAGCCGCUGCCCAACAAAAUCACCUUCUGCUAACGAAUCCUUUGGCGGCAGCGGCUUCCCUGGUCCAACAAGCAACGCAGCAGGCGGCGGAGGAAGUGGAAGGGGAGUCACCGGCCCUGGAUUUUAGCAGAAAGCGGCCCACGAGCGACGGGGACGAGGGUCAGGAAGAGGAUCAGGAUCAGGAACAGGAUCAGGAACAGGACCAAGAGCCCGAGCAAGAUGUCCAGUGCGAUAAUGGUCCCUUAGAUCUAUCUGUAAGCACAGGGAAAAGGCAGGAAUCGGACUCUCCGCCUGCCAGGAAGAUACCAAGAAGUAUAUCCGGAGAUUACAAGUCACCUCUACCACCUGGCGGCUGGAUGCCGUCCAUCAACCCAUACCUGGCGGCUGUGGCCGCCAAGACGGGGGGAUUGGGAUAUUCCAAGUUGGCACCCAGUGAGGCCAGCAAAGCGCUAGAGAAGAUGAGUGAAAUGAGUCGACUGGAAACGACACCAGCAGUUGCCCGAAGCUCAGGCGCUACAUCUUCCUUGGGACCCGGAGUCCCUGGGGCAGGCGGUCCAACUGGGUCCAACUCCGGUGGACGGCACAGCGCCUGGCAGUCUCAUUGGCUGAACAAAGGUGCUGAUACCGCUAAGGAUGUGUUUAAGUGUGUGUGGUGCAAGCAAAGCUUUUCAACUCUGGCUAACUUAACUGCCCACAUGAAGGAGACUCAGCACUGCGGUGUGCAGAUACCUUCGCCGUUGCCAACCGGAGGAGUCGGUACUCCGACUGCUGCUCCUCCCACCAGGUUGGCCACUUCAGCCUCCAACUCGGCCUGUUCCAGCAGCAGCAGCUCGACCUCCAGCUCUUCAAACUCCUCGAAAUCAGAGUUAAAUAUGCUUAUUAAGGAAACUAUGCCCCUUCCCAGGAAAUUGGUGAGGGGCCAGGAUGUUUGGCUCGGAAAGGGCGCAGAGCAAACCCGCCAGAUACUUAAGUGCAUGUGGUGUGGACAAAGCUUCCGGUCUCUGGCCGAGAUGACCAGCCACAUGCAGGAGACGCAGCACUACACGAAUAUCAUCUCGCAGGAGCAAAUCAUUUCCUGGAAGUCGGGCGAUGAACGGGAAAGGCCGGCAAACCCCGGAGUUCCGUCUGCAUCCGCAGCUGCUCCCCCUUCGCCGAGUGGCACAGCUCCAUCAGUGAGUGCCGUGCUCACGUGUAAAGUUUGUGAUCAGGCCUUCGGUAGCCUAAAGGAGUUGAGCAGCCACAUGGCCCAAAAAUCUCACUACAAGGAGUCACCGGAUCCGUCUGCUUCUCCACCAGCUGCCGGCUCGGGCAAUCCGAAAAGAGCUAGGCAAAAUCGCAACGAGAAACGCAAGAAGUCCUUGCCGGUGAGGAAGCUCCUUGAACUCGAGCGUUCCGGCUCGAAUUGCAGUCUGGACUCGGCGCUAAAGCCCCUGAGGGACUUUGCUGCUGCCACCAAAAUUACCUGUGAAAAGUGUGGCAGUAAGAUUGAAACUGCGUUGUUCGUCGAGCACAUUCGAAAGUGCCUGGGCGAGAGUAUUCCCAUCCCUCCCCGUCGAUCUAACGCGGGAGUAGAGCGUCUGCCAAGUCCCAGCUUAGGACUAGGCGGAGAGAAACCACCAUCAGUCCUAAAUGCACUGGAGCAACUCAUAGAGAAGAGCUUCGAAUCGAGAACGAGCAGAACCAUGACAUUUGGUGGCUAUUCCGAAGCUGGAACCCCGCUGGGAGCCAGCAUCCUAAAGCGCCUGGGAAUAGAGGACAGCAGUGACUACACCAAGCCUCUUAUGGAUGCCCAGGCGAUGCACCUGCUCCGAUCCUCCUUCGCCUCGCGAGAUCGCAGUGCCAGCGAAUCGAGCUCGGCCAGUAGGGUGGAGUCAUCCUACACCCCCGACAGGCAGCAGGCCACCCCCCGCAGAACUCCAGAUACUCCUGCUCCGCCUCCUCCACCACCGCCCACUAUCAAAGCUGAGCCACCUGAGGCGGAACCUUCGGCGAGUGGCGAUCCAGAGGGCUGCAGCCCCCGGCAGCAGAUCCAAGUGAAGAAGGAGUUCAGCAUGGAAGGGAGUCGGGAGAGUCCUCAGUCGGUAGGCGAGUCUCCCGCUCUGCAGACCGAAAGAUCUCCCCCAGAUAAUGGCAGUCUACUGGCCUUGAACUCCAUGUUCGAUCAGCUCAGUGGAGUGGAAAACAGCAGCAACAUCAACUCGGGGCACUGCUUUAACAACAACAACAACAGCAGCAGCAGCAGUAGCGUCUCCGCUCAGAAGCCGAAGUCCCAUCCCCUGGCUGCGCUACAGAAACUGUGCGAGACGACGGAUCCCCCAGCCACCGACCCACGCAGCGGAUCCUCCGCCGGGUCCUCCACCGCAUCAGCAACACUACCCUCUGCGAACGGUAGCGAUCUGGUGGCCUUCAGCUGGGCCUGCAACGAGGCCGUUCUGAGUGCCAGUAAUGGUGGCUCCGGCGGCGAUUCGUCUAUCAUUAAGUGCUCCUACUGUGAUACCCCUUUCGGAUCGAAGGGCGCCUACCGCCACCAUCUCUCCAAGGUGCACUUCGUGAAAGACGCAGGCGAGGACUCUCCCAGACUCAAGUCCCCCUCUGUUCAGAGCCCCAAGUCGCUGCCCUUGGCCUCCCCCAGGAGAUCCGCUUCCAGGAGUCCGGCGACAGGAUCUACGCAGCCCCCUCCCUCGCCCACCAUCAAUCCCUACGACGAGAGUCCGCAGUCUAAGUUCCUCAAAUACACGGAGCUGGCCAAACAGCUGUCCUCUAAAAACGCCUAGACUCCAGAAGCUGCUGUCGCAAUUCUGCAAAACUGUGGAUGCAGUUGGGCAAUGUAGAUUGGGCAAUAACUUGUAGAUAAGUUACGUCACCUAUGGAAACAGCAGGAGAGUCUACUGGUAAAAGAGCUUGGGAAGAAAUAUAAGCGAAAGUUUCUUUGCACGGAUUAAACAAAUUUCGUCACAGAUUGCAGACGCGUAAGCUUUAGUUUAUAAUCAGAAUAUGUCCUUUCGAUUUAGGCUAAAUUUAAAUUGUUUGCUUAACGAAGCAGGCUGUCUAACAGUCAUAUAAAAUCAAAAGCCAAAAUAAUUUAAGCUGAAUAACUUAAACCAAUUAUGGUUUAAGUUCCUAAAAGAUCAAGAAUACGUUCGUCAAUGUCGGUUAACAUAACUUUAGCAAUCCGUUUGCAAAUUUCUAGAAAAGUGCAUUGAUUUCCGAUCAUGAUUUUGAUCUGCACAGCUCUCGCUCUUUCGUGCUCUUUCUCCAAGUUACAGAUGUUCUCACUGUCUCUCUCUUGCUCUUUGGAGCUGCACACACAGUCACAUUAAGAUUUCCCCUACUUUUGCUGAAUUUACCAGCAAUUUCCCCAGACUGCCCUCUCUCGAGUUGUUGUUCCCCUCUGUCCGUGACGUCACGGCAAUUCUGGUCUGCUCUUUAUUGUUUCCCAAUCCGGCAGUCGCUGUCUGAAGCACGAGCGAGAGAGGACUAGCAGCUGGAAAUUCAAUUACCACCACUUUGACGAACUGCUGUCCAUCAAAGCGAGUCGGACAGGGACGGCCAUAGUGGCGGAGUGACGAAAGGCGACGACACGAGUGCGUCAAAGUGGGAUUGGAUGGUGGCGAGAGAGAUAGGCAUAGCGCAGUGGGUGUGUAGAGAGCAGGAGAUUGAGUGCCCCUACUGAGUGUGAGUGCGAGUGUGAGUGUGAGUGGCAAAAAUGGACUUCGUUUUCGAGUGCAAUUGGAUUCGGACUUGAGUGCACUCAGGGAACAAGCCAACUAUUACUUAUUUACAUACACGUAUGUAUGUAUGUAACCGCUGCUCCUUGUCACAAUGAAUAAAAAGGAAAAGGGUGCCAAAAAUCAAAACUGUUUAGAUCUAGAAAGAUACCCAACCAGCUCAAUUGGUUCUUCUAAGCAAUAACAAAACAACAGCAACGCAGUAUACGUAAAUCCUUACACUUAAAUGAUAACCUCAAUGAUAGAACCAAUUAAUGGUUGCGAUGCAUAUGUAGCCCCCAUACGAAAAAAUGCAUUGAAUGUAAAUACUAGCCAAUGGCACUUUCCUUCCAUAAGUCUAAAGAUUACCGAUAUUUACAUCAAUAUAUAGCCACAGCAACGCAUGUAUACGGAAACAAUUUUAAAAUGGUAUAUUCAUACACAUAUUAAACUAUACAAAAACCCAUGUAUAUUAGCAGUUCGAGUCUCAACAAUUACUAAGAACUUUGAAUAUCUGACCUAAGAGUUAAACCUAAGAAGGGGCAAUCUAUGCAGAAUGUGAAUCAUUUCAUAUUGUCCAAACAAUCACUUUUACCGUCUCUUGCGUCGGGAUUAUUUAUAUCUAUGAUAUAUGGUGAAUAAUAGUUACUAACUACGUAUACGAAUUGUAUUUCAGUUUUUGUGAUAUUAUUUUUAAUCAAAACCGUUCGCUUCCCCUGCCACGCAACGCAACAUCCCGUGUAUUUCCUGCAACACCCCCCACGCCCCUCGGAUUAUUCGCUUUAGUUAUACAAACGCAAUAAAGGCAGCAUUCAGAAUAGAA